GCUCGUAACCGCCAGAUGAACCUUAGCUGUUGGACGGUUAGCACCAACGUGUGUGUUUAGUACUGUACUGUAUAUCUACUAUUUAGGUGGUUCUUGUGUGAAGGAUUAACCAACAAACGAUGAAUUUCUCGCGGAAAUUAACUAGUCAAUUCGCUGAGAUCUGUUCUAUGAACGUGAAAAACAUGGGCCGAAACAGCUGUGAUCGAAAUGGCAAGGAAAAGGAGUCAUUCGAAAAGACAUAUGCAAUAGGUACACUACUUGGAAGCGGAGGUUUUGGGACCGUGUACUCGGGCACUCGAAUCAGAGACAGUUUGCCGGUUGCAAUCAAGCUGGUGACGAAAGAAAAAGUGAACGAUUGGAGCAUGAUUAACGGUCAGAAAGUUCCAUUAGAAGUCCAUCUCCUGAAGAAAGUCGGCCAUAUACGCGGAUGUAUCAAGAUGUUGGAUAUCUACGAUAGGGCGGACAAUUUUAUCAUCGUCAUGGAACGUCCUGAACCUGCAAAGGACUUAUUUGAUUUCAUCACCGAGAGCGGGCCACUGGAAGAGGAACUUUGUCGAAAGUUUUUCUACCAAAUUGUAGAGACGACGCGACGGUGCCAUGACGCUGGUGUUCUACACAGAGACCUUAAAGACGAGAACAUUCUUGUCGAUCUCAAGUCUGGUGAUCUUAGACUCAUCGAUUUUGGAUCAGGAGCACUUCUCAAAGAUACCGUCUACAAAGAUUUUGAUGGUACCCGUGUGUACAGCCCACCAGAAUGGAUUCGAUCCCAUCGUUACCAUGGCCGUCCCGCCACUGUCUGGUCUUUGGGCAUCCUCCUCUAUGACAUGGCCUGUGGAGAUAUACCAUUUGAGCAGGACGACGAAAUCUGCCGUGCGGAACUUGUCUUUAAAGACGGACUUUCACAAUCUCUGAAACAUCUCAUCUGUUCCAUGCUGCGGGUGAAACCAAUGCACAGACUAACCCUAGAUGAGAUUCUUGAGCAUCCGUGGAUGAAGAAAGGACAAUGUGAUAACAGCAAGCCGUUGAUGAUGUGCACUCAAUCUGCUGGUAGCGAGGAGAGCAUAAACCGAUCACCACUGAGCAGUGCAAGCUCGAGUGAAGAGGACCUUAUUAGUGACUCAAACAACUUCCUCGGAAAGAACAUGAACGAAUCGUCCUCCAAAGAUUUAAAGUGUCGGCAUGACAACCAAUGCAAAGACAAUGACGAGACUUCAUCAUGCUGCUCUGUUUUCCUCGAGGUUGAAUGUUGACAAAGGCUGAAACUUCACUGGAACAAACUUGCACACCACUCCCAUGUCGUUUUUAAUGACUUUUAAAAAGCGUUUGAAAUCAUGGGAUGACUCAAUGUUUUCAGUGUGGUUUUACUGCUUUUAAGAUUACACAAAGUGCAAUACUUAUUUAAUUAAGUGAACUCCACAACUCCUGUUGUAUUAUUCAGCCUUAAUUACUCACCAACAGUGCAUUGAGGUAUCACAUAGGCCCCUAGUACAUCAAAAACACCAUAUCGUGCCUUCCAACUCGAAAAAUACAAAAUGAACCACGAUCCAAUGUGGCAUGUGUCCAAAAUGUCUCCUUUUUUAAAACCUUGUUCGGAAUUUCUUGAUCUUCCAGAAGAGAUUUAUCCAACAGGGAAUGCCUCAAUGUACUGCAAAAUGUGUUGGUUCUUAAGUUGUAGGACAAAUGUGUUGUGAAAAUUUUUAACGUACUCAAUGCAAGCUGGCAGCGGAACACAUUCACGGUAGUGGAUACAUUCUAAUAUGCGUUUCUUUGGAUGCCAAAAUAGCAGUUUUUUUUGGCAAACCCAAAAUAUUGUUUGGUGCAAAUAUCCACUGGCUAGUUGACUUGAUUCUGUUGUGAGAAAAAAGAAGUCAGAUUGUGCUCAUGCCAUCAAAAUGCUGUCCAGCCAUUUAUUAUGGUGCUGCCAUUUCACUAAUAGGGUAUUAAAUAUAAAGGUUGUCUUGAAUAACCAGUGUGUUAAUGUGAAUUUGGUCUUAAACAAUAAUGUUAAUUUAUUUAUUAAUAUAAAUUAGACCUGAGGUCUUGGUGACUAGUUCUGCACGUUCUCCUGUGAUGUUGUGAUGUACAUGUAUUUCCUAUAUAUUUAUUCUAGUGUUUCUAAUUCCAAAUUCAUUGGUUGGUUUGAUAUUUUUUCAACUCAUGAUAGUUUUCAAUCCAAAAUUACAAGCUUUACUCUGAUGUUUAUGCAGUUAAUUAUCGGUUUUUAAAUCUGAAUUAUUGAGAGUUUUCAAAAAGAUGAAUUUGUGUUUUGUUUCAAUCUGAAACGGUUUAAAGCAGUAAAAUACACAUCGUUUCAGUAUUGAUUGAACAAGAUUUCCUUCACCUUGGUUACAAAAGAAAUGUUUUAGAAAGCGACUUCAACUCAAAUGUGAAUUCGUUUUCCUCCCAACUUGAAUUUGGAAUUAAGUUUUAUUUAUUUAUGUGUCACUAAAAGCUUUUUUUUUCCUUCUCUCUUUAUGUUUUUAAACUAUUGGGAGUGUCUAAUUGCUAACUUAUUACAGGUUAAUACCUCAUUGUAUGUUUUAUUUGUAAAUGACAGAGUGUAUAUUUUUAUAUUAAUAUUAAUGCAAUAAAUUCAUGUUGCCAUUGUGGCGUAAGAUAAA